AUGACCAUGUACGACUCCGAAGAAGACGGGGAUCGACGUAAUCGAGACAAGUUUCCUCGUGAACGAGAUAGUCGUCGAGAAGAUGAUCGGUAUGGUGCCAAAAGGUCGAGCUCAUCAAGGCGAGAUGACGUUAAACGACCUCGACAUGGCAGUGAAUCGGACAAUGGUGAUACGAAGAAUGAUGACUUCUCUGGACCAAUGCUUACUUUCAAGAAGUUUUUAAUGACACAGGAAGAUGAUAUCUCCGACUCAGCUGCAUUGGCAGCUUACAACGAAUACAAGCAAGAAUACAAAAGAAGAGAACUUCAACGUUUCUUCGACGCCCAUAAAACGGAAGAAUGGUUCCGUCAUAAAUAUCAUCCUGAAGAGUCGGCUACUAUUCGUGACGCGCACAUGGCCGACAUCAAAAAACGUCUCGAAAUUUUCAACGACAUGAAAUCGAAGGGCUGCUUUGAUGAUUUCACCUUGGAUCUGCAACAUGCCCGCGAAAUCAUUCGCACUAUGGACACCUUGGUGGUGCGUCUUGAGGGUGGUUCAGAAGAAGACGUUGAAGCCUUGAAACAUGAGAAAAUCGAAGAUGAUUCGUUGUUUGACUUGGGAGAAAAGAAGUCUGACGAAGACACUGGCGCAGACAAGGAUGAAGCGCGUGGAUCAGAAAGCGAGGCCAACGAAGAAGGUCGUGAGAAGCGUAAAAAGACCUUGCUACACAAAACAAGUUCUGUUUUCAUGCGAAACGUACCCGCGACAGUGAAAAUCGCUGACUUGGAGGCGAUUUGCAGCCGUAGCCCAGGCUUUCUUCGUAUAGCGCUAAGUGAACCGCAUGCUGAUCGAAGUUUCUCUCGUAGAGCUUGGGCAACUUACAAAAGAGAUGUUAAUAUUAAAGAGAUAUGUUGGACAUUAAAUCAAACCAAGUUGAAUGAUUCUACGGAUCUCAGCGUGAUUCUCAACCGAGAUCUCACUCGUCGUAUUCGUGGAAUUAGUGGAGUGACUUCACAUAAAGAUGUGGCUCAAAAUGACAUAAAACAGGCGGCAAAGCUCGUCGCGCUGAUGGAUAAACGUGUUGGCCUGUUUUGCGAAGAAGAACCGAAGGAAGAACGGGAUAAAGACAUAUUCACAGGGGUUGAUCUCGUUGCGACAUCAAAAAAUCCACUACUCAGACAGGUUCGACCAGUGUUGAGGGAAUGCGACGAACCGAGCCCGGAAGAAGAGGAGAUGCUU